CAUCCCCCUCUCCGCCCCCCGCUUCCUCCCCACCACCACCACCACCACCACCGUCGCCGCACCGAGCCGAGCAAACCACCACCGCCGCAAUGGCGCGCGCAGCCGCACUCUGCCUCGCGCUGCUCUGCCUCGUCGCGGCGUCCGCGUCCGCGCAGAAGGCGACCCCCACCCCCGCCGCGGCGCCGGCCACCACGCCACCGGCCUCCUCCAAGAAGACGCCCGCGCCCGCCGCGGCGCCCACCACCACCACCCCGCCCGCCGCCUCCACCCCGCCCGCCGCGGCGCCGACCACCCCCGCCACCCCGGCCCCCGCCGAGGCGCCCACCACCCCGGCUCCGACCAAAGCGCCACCCACCAAGUCCACCAAGGCACCCGCCCCGGCGCCCAAGGCGGCCAAGGCCACCCCGCCGCCGGCCUCGUCUCCCCCGGUCGAGGCUCCCGUCGCGUCGCCUCCUUCCCCCGCCGCCGAGGCGCCCGCCACCAUCCCCACCAAGCCCGACGCACCCGCGCCGGCGCCGGCCAAGAAGAAGAAGCCCUCCCCGCCAUCCAAGAAGAAGAAGAAGAGCUCCAAGGCCCCCGCCCCGGCCCCCGUCGCCGUCGCCGAGUCCCCCAAGCACUCCAAGAAGGCUAAGGCCCCCGCCGCCUCGUCCACGGCCGACGCCCCCGGCCCCGCCGGCGACGGUGUCGCCGCCGACUCCACGGGAGCCGCAGGGAGGACCAGCGUGCAGGCGAUCGCGUCGGCGUGCGCCGUGGCGCUCGGCCUCGUCGCCCUCCUCGCCUAAGCAAAACGGCGUCGUGCAACGACGUGAGCAACGACGACGACGCAGAUGGCAGCGGCCGGUGCGCCCCACCACAUUUUGCGCUGUAUUUUGCUCGUCGAUUCUUUUACGGGACGGGAGGGAGGAGGAGGAGGGACCUUAGCUUUGGCUUUGGCUUUACCACUCUCCCAACCACAUUUGAUGAUUGAGCGAUCGCCAUGCCUCGGAUUCUUUUGUUUCUUUCUUCUUCUUCUUCUUCUCUCUGCUACGCCCACGAUAUGACUCUGCUAGCUGCUGCCUGCCCGCCCUUGUACUGUACCACUGAGAUCAUCUACUUUUAAUUUAUUUUAUGUUGCUGUCAUCAUCAUCAUUGAUUCAUUGUAUUAUUCCAUCUUUGCCCGGAUCAUAGAUCUGUCAUCUUUUUUCUCAUC